AUGGAUGUUGCGAGACUGCUUUCCACUGCCAAGUACAUGUACCAAGACCAGGCGAAGAGGGACAUAAAUGGCGUCAUCAACUGCUACCGAGGUCUGAAGCCGGUGAUCGAGAAAUGCCACCUUCCGACGGGCACCAAGCGAGAUCUGGUUGUCCUGAAAGGCACCAUUCCCGUUUCCUAUCGAAAUGCGACCUACAACAUUCCCGUCAGCCUGUGGAUUCCCCACAAUCACCCUGAAUCGGCGCCCAUCUGCUGGGUGAACCCGACGAAGGACAUGACCAUCAAGGUCUCUCAACACGUCAAUGAUGCAGGACGUAUCUUUUUGCCUUACCUGGCCGACUGGACCUCUGGCUCCAGCGACCUGCUUGGCGUCAUUCAAGUGAUGAUCAUCGUCUUUGGCGAGACUCCGCCACUCUACUCAAAACCUAAGCCGCAAGAUCAAACAACCACAAGUGCUUUUCCCAAUGCAUCCAACAUGCCAAAACCGAACACCUAUCAGCCUUCCUAUCCUUAUGCAAAUGUCUACCCAGCAGUUGCUCCUGUAACUUCAACAUCAUACUCAGGCAGUGCGGAUCCGAAUGCGUCCAUCAUGUAUCCUCACUCCAGCUACAUGCAAACUUACACGCCUCCAACAACUUCAGCAGUCAACACCGACACUAUUCCUCGAGAGCACAUACGCAUAUCACUGGUCAGCGCUGCUGAAGACAAACUGAAGGCACGUUCAAAGGAGCUGAUUGCACAGUACAGCGCCGAAAUUGGCGUCCUCAAGAAGACAUGUGACGAUUUAAACAAUGGCAAGCAAAAGCUGGACAACAUUGUCAAGACGAUUGAGAACAACCUGGUUCAGCUGAGUGAGUGCAAGGAGAAGCUAAAGAGCAAGGACGCCAAAGUGGACGAUUGUCUGGCCAAAGCCGACUCGACGAAGGAGACGUUGAACAUUGACGAAUACUUUGGCCCCGUGCAGCCACUGUACAAACAGCUGUUCAAUGCAUUCGCCGAGGAAAAUGCCAUAGUCGACACUACUUACAACCUCAAUGAAGCCCUGCAGAAGGGUGUCAUUGAUUUGGACGUUUUCAUCAAGCAUGUGCGGGAACUGUCACGUCGGCAGUUUAUGUUGCGAGCUCUGGUUAAAGUGUGUCGUGAGAAGGCUGGCUUGCCUACCUAA